CCAGCCCACGACACCCUCUCGCCAUUGCUCGCACCCCGCAACCGCCCCCGAGGCCCAUAUUCCCCGCCCAAUAUGCCGCCCGCGCAGCCACGCAAGCCAGACGUCUCCGCCGCGGCCAAGGAGCGCAACGAGUACAUCCCGUCCUUCAUCUCGAAGAAGCCCUUCUACGCCGUCGACGAGACUGGUGAGGACAACAACGACUACCUCGAGCAUCAGCGUCUACAGAAGCAGGAACAAGACUCGAAAUGGUACGACCGAGGGAAGAAAAUCGGGCCCGCGGCGACCAAGUACCGCAAAGGCGCAUGCGAAAACUGCGGAGCAAUGACCCACAAGAAGAAGGAUUGCCUUAGCCGACCGCGGAAGACAGGCGCGAGGUGGACUGGCCGGAACAUUGAGGCAGAUGAGGUCGUUCAGGAUGUGCAGCUAGGCUGGGAUGCGAAGCGCGAUCGCUGGAAUGGAUACGAAGCGUCCGACUACAUGCAGGUGAUUGAGGAAUACAACGAGCUCGAGGCGAUACGGAAGAAGGCGAAGGAAGCAAAAAACGAGGAUCAAAAGUCUGGGGACGACGAGGACGACGAGGGCGACAAGUAUGACGCGGAGACAGAUAUGGGGAGGAAGCAGGCCACAUCCACGCGAAAUCUGCGGUUACGAGAAGACACAGCCAAGUAUCUGCUCAAUCUGGAUCUAGACUCCGCCAAAUACGACCCGAAGACACGGUCAAUGGUGGAUAGCGGCGCAACGGCAGACAAUGCGGCAGCGUUGGUUGCCGAAGAGGGCUUCGUCAGGAAGUCGGGCGAUGCAGCAGAGUUCGAAAGGGCACAGCGGUACGCCUGGGAGACACAAGAGCGUGGAGACAAGAACAAAAUACAUCUUCAGGCGAACCCCACGUCCGGCGAGUACAUGCGGAAGAAGGAGCUCCAGGAAGCUGAGGAGAAGAAGGAAGCACAGCGGAAAGCUCUUCUUCAGAAAUAUGGGGGUCAGGACAAGUUCCACGACGAGACGCUCAAGAAGACUGCGGUCAUAGAGUCAGAGAAGUACGUCGAGUACGACGAACGGGGCCGUAUCAAGGGAGCACCCAAGGUCAAAGCGAAGUCAAAAUACCCAGAAGAUGUUCUCAUCAACAAUCACACGUCCGUCUGGGGCAGCUGGUGGUCGAAGUUCAAGUGGGGCUAUGCAUGCUGUCACUCAACAGUCAAGAACUCUUAUUGCACGGGCGAGGCUGGGAAGGAAGCGUUUGAGGCAGCAGAUAGGAUGCGGACCGAGGCGGACUUUGAAGAGGUCCCCAAAGCUGUUGCCUGGAAAGAGGAAGAGGCGCUGGAAGAGCACGUGCCCAAUGCCGGCGACAGCGAUCAGAAGGUCAGACGGGACGUCAAUCGCAAGAGAACCUUGGAAGAGAUGACGAGCGGUAUCACGGAAGAGGAAAUGGAGGAGUACAGGAAGAAGCGCACCAUGGCCCAGGAUCCCAUGGCGAAGUACCUCAGCAAGGAGGCUUUCCUGAUGAUCGGAUGCGUUGUCCUGCUUCUCUCCCUCCAUGUCGGGUGCCAACUCAGCGGAGGCGAUUGCGCAUGCAGCUGCGCGUAUGCGCUGGAACUGAGGCGGAUGCGAAAGCAGAAGGGAGUGCAGAUGGUGCUGAGUGGCGCGGAGCUUCGUCACUGCCAAGAGCGUCCGACAGCACGGAGCACCCCCGUCAAGAUGUCUCUCUAUGGCUCGACCUCGAGCCGGAACGUCGACAUGGGCAAGCAGGAGUCGGACCUUGCCAUCAACAUCCGCAAGGCGACGAGCAUCGACGAGACCGCUCCGAAGCGGAAGCACGUCCGGGCCGCAAUCGUGUACACAUGGGACCACAAGAACUCCGGCUCCUUUUGGCAGGGCAUGAAAGUGCAGCCAAUUCUUGCCGACGAGAUCCAGACAUUCAAGGCCCUCAUCACCAUCCACAAAGUCCUCCAAGAAGGCCACCCUGUGGUGCUGAAGGAGGCACAGGCCCAUGUCGGCUGGAUAGAGAGCUUAGGCCGAGGCGUUGCGGGCGGCGAGGGCCUGCGGGGCUACGGACGGCUCAUUACGGAGUACAUAUACUACCUCCAGGCCAAGCUCGCUUUCCACCGCCAGCACCCCGAGUUCAAUGGAACCUUCGAGUAUGAGGAAUACAUCAGCUUGAAGUCCAUCAACGAUCCCAAUGAAGGAUACGAGACCAUCUCCGACCUCAUGACCCUGCAGGAUCAGAUAGACCAGUUCCAGAAGCUCAUAUUCUCCCAUUUCCGAAGCGGCGCCAACAACGAGUGCCGGAUAUCCGCACUAGUACCGCUGGUGCAGGAGAGCUAUGGCAUCUACAAGUUCAUCACAAGCAUGCUCCGGGCCAUGCACACGACGCUUGGCGAUGACGAAGCCCUUUCUCCCCUCCGCGGCCGCUACGACGCGCAACACUACCGCUUGGUCAAGUUCUACUAUGAAUGCUCCAACCUGAGGUAUCUGACGAGCCUGAUUACCGUCCCGAAACUGCCACAAGAUCCGCCGAACCUUCUCUCGGAAGACGAGACGGCACCCGCCUUGCCCGCGCGCCCGAAAGCGGACGAACCACCGCCGGCCCCUCGGGCACCAUCCGUAGAUCCCGAACCCAUCAACGAGUUUUGGAAGAAUGACCAGAGGAGGCAGCAAGAGGAAUAUGAGGCGGAACAGCGACGGCUGCAAGAACAAUGGGAGGCAGCCCAGCGCCAACAGCAAGAAGCUGCCCUUCGCGCGCAGAGGGAUUUUGAAGAGCAGCAGCGGCUCCAGGCAGAACAGGCACGUCUGGCGCAGGAACAACUAAUGCGCGAGCAGUAUCAGCAGCAGACCCAGGGCCGUCUGGCAGAACUCGAGCGAGAGAACCUGAACGCACGUGCUCAGUAUGAGCGCGACCAGUUAAUGUUGCAGCAGUACGACCAGAGGAUGAAGGCCCUGGAGGGAGAAAUACACCAGAUGAGCGCCAAUUUCCAGCAGCAGAUGGGCUCUCGAGACGACCAGAUCCGAGCUCUCCAGGAGCAACUCAACACAUGGAGAUCCAAGUACGAAUCGCUCGCGAAGCUCUACUCCCAGCUGAGGCAUGAGCACCUUCAGCUUCUGCAGAAGUUCAAGAAUGUGCAGCUCAAGGCCAACUCGGCUCAGGAAGCCAUAGAUGCGCGCGACAAGCUUUCGAGAGAACUCAAGACGAAGAAUCUCGAGUUGGCCGACAUGAUCCGCGAGCGUGACCGAGCCCUGCUGGAAAAAGACCGCAGCACCGGUGGCCAUCGGGAAGAGCUCGAAAAGCUAAAGCGCGAGCUUCGCUUUGCUUUGGACAGGGCUGAGAACGCCGAACGGGGCAAAGGCUCGGAGCUCUCCGCUAUGCUGUCUAGGCAUAACCGAGAAAUCGCAGACCUCGAAGAAGCACUACGAAACAAGACCCGUGCACUGGAUGAUAUGCAGAUGAAGUACCGCGAAGGCGAUUCGGACUUGGAGCGUCAGCUACGCGAGAAGGAAGAGGAGCUAGAGAUUUUCCGAGCAGGAAUGGACCAGACUUUGCUUGAACUGAACGAGCUGAAGCUGAAUCAGAAUGCGAACGACAACGUGCUCGAUGGGCACCUCGAUUCUCUCAUCCAGGACAGCCUCCACAAGAUCAACGACAUCAUCGAUUCUGUGCUCCAGAGCGGCGUGCAGCGUGUGGACGAUGCACUGUACGAACUGGAUUCUUCCAUGCACGCUGGUAACCAGAAUGCUUCCGGCGCAUUUGUACUCUCACAGAUCGAGAAGGCCUCGACAUGCGCUAUGGACUUUGCAACGGCGUUCAACGGAUUCAUUGCCGACGGGCCUAAUGCUACACAUGCCGAAGUGAUUAAGACGGUCAACGCGUUUGCUGGCGCUAUUGCGGAUGUGCUCAGCGACACCAAGGGACUUACACGAUUCGCUUCAGACGAGAACAAGUCGGAUGCUCUGAUCAACGCUGCUCGUAUCUCUGCUACCGCGACAGUGAAGUUCUUCCGUAACGUCCAAUCAGUGCGGAUGUACGACCUCGAUGUCGACGGCAAGUUCAACGUUGUCGUAAACAACAACGCCGAGGUGCUUCGCAACCUACAAAGCUUGUCCAAGCUGGCAGACGCCUUCGCGCCAAAGAGCAAGAUCACCAAUGCUUCAGGAGAUCUUGGUGACUUGGUCGACAACGAGCUGACCAAGGCUGCCAAUGCCAUCGAGGCUGCUGCCGACCGUCUCGCGAAGCUCAAGAACAAGCCUCGCGAUCAGUUCUCGACGUACGAACUCAAGAUCCACGACUCCAUCUUGGAGGCCGCUAUUGCGGUCACGAACGCUAUUGCCCAGCUUAUCAAAGCCGCCACAGUUUCUCAGCAAGAAAUUGUGCGUGAGGGUCGCGGGAGCAUGACGCGGACGCAGUUCUACAAGAAGCACAACCGCUGGACCGAAGGUCUCAUCAGCGCCGCCAAGGCCGUCGCCUCGUCAACUAACACGCUCAUCGAGACUGCCGAUGGCGUCAUCUCCGGCCGCAACUCACCUGAGCAGCUCAUCGUUGCAUCCAACGACGUUGCAGCCUCGACCGCCCAGCUUGUCGCUGCAAGCAGAGUCAAGGCUAGCUUCAUGAGCAAGACGCAGGACCGGUUGGAGAGUGCGUCCAAGGCGGUUACGAGUGCAUGCCGCGCGCUUGUUCGUCAGGUGCAGGAUAUCAUUGCACAGAAGAACAAGAAUGAGAAUGAGACGGUAGAUUACACCAAGUUGAGCGAUCACGAGUUCAAGGUCAGGCAGAUGGAGCAGCAGGUCGAGAUUCUACAGCUCGAGAACUCGCUUGCCCAGGCCAGGACGAGACUGGGCGAGAUGAGGAAGCUGUCGUACCUUGAGGAAUAGACGCCAAGCCCGUCAUUAACGCCCACCCGUUGCUGCUCAAACGCGUCGCGGAUGGUUACAGAUGGUAGUGUCGCUAAAAGUCCUCGUCAGGAGGACGCUGCGGAGAUUGUAUUGUGCUUCGGGUUACAGCGAUUCAUGGAUGGAAUGGAAAGGAAUGGGUUGGAUGGGCCUUUGAAAGCCCUCGCGCGCAUCAAAUACCACCUUUGUCUUGUUUACCUUGGAACUUAUUCAUGUGGCUUGAGGUAGAAAGAAUGCACAUGUGGACUCUGGAACACUGACC